AUGUACAUCUCGAAAGUCCGAUUUCUCGCAAAGCAGGUUCGGUCCUCGAGACAUCCGCUGCCUUUGGCCAAACUCAACGAACGUAUGGGAGUUUCACCUGGCACGCUCGAGAGCAGAAUUACGACAUGGCUCGUAUGGAAGCAGAGCUACAUCGAGACGACCAAGUGGAGUUCUAGACCACCUUCCCAGCCGUUUCGAUGCACAAAAAACUGGGCCUACGGGAGGGACUCCGACAUGCUUGUCGAGGUCGGCUUAAACGAGCCCAGUCAGCGGAGAGGUUUCAUCCAAGAAGGUGUCGAGGUGUCGCUACGACGAUGGAGGUCACCGCCAUCGCUCCAUCUCUGCACGCGGCAACCGGCGACGAAGACGGAGGAGAAAGCCAAGCUUCCACCCGCGGCGACCAGCGUCAUGCGCGGCUUCGCCCUAACGAAGUGCAAGGUUGGAGACUGCACGCGUACGCUCGACCCAGCGAAGGACCCGCAACAUUUGGCCGACCACCACGAGGCCCUCCGCGUGGGCGUUCUCGAGUUCUACCCAGCCCUAAGUGCCGCUUUGGCAGGUGCAACAGCCAGUACGCGGUCAAGUCGUCCGUGCGUCGGCAUCGCGCACGUGUCGCUCGUUUCGAGAUUUUUCGUUGAGGACGAGGUGACGAAGGAAGAGGCGAAGAAGAAGGAGGCCAAGGCCAAGCCGCUUAACCAGAAGCGUUUGAAGCUGGCCUGGACGAGCGACGUCUUGCCCUCUUGGAUCGCGUUGUACUUGUAUCUGUGUUAG